AUGGCUGAAAAGUAUCUGCCGGUGCUAUGUGCGCUCUCCAGCGACGCAGCAUGCGCCGAGGCGCGCUCGGUGUUGCUCGACAAGAUGAGCAAGGACGCUGUUUGCGAGAUUGUUCAGCGAUAUCUCGACGGCAGCGCGUCCAAAGAGACUGUUACGCAGGCUGCGUCACUCUUCCUUGCUGCUGAAGCCCGGAGGUCGUCAGGCCCUUGUAGAGCAGGAGAACAAAGACUAGAAAAACGUACCGCCAUGUCCGACCGAUUGACCACUUCCGUCUCCCUAGGUCUGAGCGCGUCACGUUCUGUAGGUCACCAAAGCAAGAAGAGGAAGAUUGUACGGGACGAAGAUGACGAAGAUAAAAUUGCACAGGAGGUGGUCAAGAGCGCGUCGUGGGUGGCAGGCUUGAGUCUUUGUCCAAUCGUGGACAGAGAAGACGACGGAGACGGGUCUGACGUUGACAGAUCAUCCAUCAAGGCGAAGACGAAGUCUGAAAAGGCCGUCCCAGAGCUCCCAUUAGUAUUCUGGGACGCGAGGUCUGAGACCUGGCGAGUCGAGUCGAUAUUAGGAAGAAACGCAACGACAGCCAUCUGGGCAAAGUUCACCAAGGACUAUCUCCCAGAGGCCAACAGGAAGAAGUCUUACGCCCGAUUCGCAAAAGGUGCGGGCGAGAUUGCGGAUAGAUGUGUGAACUGA